CAAUGCUAAUUUCAGCAAAGCGGGAAGACGGUGAACUGUGUCCUUAGGAGCGUAGCCACGCCCACAUCACUACAGCGUGCCUGCACCGACCGCGAGCUAGAGGGCGGGGCCUAAGCGCUGCGCCGGACUCCUCCCCUCUCUGGCACGGCCUGGCUGUUUACAUGGGUGCCGCUCCCCCUCAGCUCUAGAGUCCGCUCGGCUUGUCCUGUCAAAUCCCGAACCGUGGCCGCGCGGGGCGCUUCAGCGGCUCCUCCUCAUCCUACGUCAUUGCCGCUCCGCGCCUGGGCGCUUGUGUUGCCAUAGAGACCGUGGCCUGAGAGCGAAGGGCCCAGCCUGGCUAGGGGCCGGGACAUGCUGAGCAUGCAGCGGAGAGCGCAGGAGGACGGGGAAGUGUCCAAACCGAGUCCAUGCAACGACGUCCGUUUCCCGGGGCCCCGACCCCUGCGACUGGUAGAAUGGAAGGUGUCCACGGGGAUGUCGGUGCAGAUCGGCUCCGUGCUGGCCCUCGGAGUUCCCAUCCAGGGGGCUGACCCGAAGGAGCAGCGAGGCUCCCAGGACGAGGCCGGGAGGCCUCACAGACUCCCCGAGAGGAAGAUCAAGUCGGACCGGGCCGGAGUGGUGCUGGAGCUGUGUCUGAAGCCGGGCCAGGUGGUCUCUGCAGGUGGUGUUUUGGUAAGGCUAUCGAGUUGUAACCAUCCAGUGGUUAUGAAGGGCUUGUGUGCAGAAUGUGGACAAGACUUAACGCAGCUCCAAAGCAAGAAUGGAAAGCAGCAGGUGCCAUUAUCAACAGCUACUGUUUCUAUGGUCCACAGCGUUCCAGAACUUAUGGUUAGCUCAGAGCAAGCUGAACAGCUCGGACGCGAGGACCAACAUAGAUUACAUCGAAACAAGAAGCUUGUCCUGAUGGUUGAUUUAGAUCAGACGUUAAUCCAUACUACGGAGCAGCACUGCCAGCAUAUGUCUAGAAAGGGCAUAUUCCACUUCCAGUUAGGCAGAGGAGAGCCGAUGUUACAUACUCGUUUGCGCCCGCAUUGUAAAGAAUUCUUAGAGAAAAUUGCCAAACUUUAUGAGCUGCAUGUUUUUACCUUUGGAAGCAGACUUUAUGCACAUACGAUUGCUGGGUUUUUAGAUCCUGAGAAGAAGCUUUUCUCACAUCGAAUCCUGUCUAGGGAUGAAUGUAUAGAUCCAUUUUCCAAGACUGGAAACCUUAGGAAUUUGUUUCCAUGUGGGGACUCUAUGGUCUGCAUCAUUGAUGAUCGAGAAGAUGUUUGGAAGUUUGCUCCCAAUUUGAUUACAGUUAAAAAGUAUGUCUACUUUCAAGGUACGGGUGAUAUCAAUGCACCUCCUUGUUCCAGAGAAGCACAGAUGAGGAGCAGAGUAAGCAAAGUGUCGGGGACAGCUCAACAGUCGGAGACGCUUGCACAGGAUCCUGAUCAGUCAAAGAGCCUUCCUGUAGAGGAGCAGAGUAAUGGACUUGGGAAAAGCACGAAGGAAGUUAAUGGCAGCCCAUCAGGCACUGAACCAUUAGAAAAGGAUUCUAGUACUAAUGAUGGAGUAGUGGAGCAGGACCCUGCUAUAAGUCGGCGUUCUUCUGUCGAUGAUGGUAAAAAUGUGACACUGUCAGAAGCUGAGCCAUCUGUAGAACCAGAGGAUGGGACAUCGGCGGCCAAAUCUCAAGCAAAGACUGGUGCCGCAAAAGAUCUAGAUUUUGACCUCUCUAGUGAUAGUGACAGUGAGACUGAUGUGAAGAAAUCGCCAUCCCCUUCUUCUUCCGGGAGUGAAAGUGAAUGUAAAAGAAGUUGGAGGAAAUCCAAAAAGCCAGAGCAGGUGUCUCAGGAAUGUUCUGCGGAGUCUGUACCUGGCAAACAGUGGACUGAAAAUCACAGUAGUGACAAAAGACUAUUAUCUGAAACGAAAGAUAAACUAUUAUUGCAGGAGGAGGCGAUGGAGGUUCAGGGAGCAGAACAGGACACUCUUAUUGACUUGGGAAAUGGUUGCACUGAUAAGAAGGAGGUAGAAACGGAGUCCCAGAAUAGUGAGCAGUCUGGAAUAACAGUAGGAGAAUCUCUAGAUCAGAGCAUGGAAGAAGAAGAUGACGACAGUGAUGACCUAGAUGAAGAUGAUCACUUAAUAUACCUAGAGGAAAUCCUUGUCAGGGUACAUACAGAUUACUAUGCAAAGUACGAGAAAUACCUCAAGAAGGAGUUAGAUGAAGUUCCAGAUAUUCGUACAAUUGUGCCAGAGCUGAAGAGUAAAGUUUUGGAAAACACUGUUAUUGCCUUCAGUGGCCUUCAUCCCACAAACUUUCCUGUCGAGAGGACGCGGGAAUAUUACCAUGCAAGAUCUUUGGGUGCAAAAAUCUGCAAACACCUGGUUUUAAAUGAUGAUGACCCUGGCAAGGUGACUCAUCUUAUUGCAGCACGAGCAGGUACUGAGAAAGUCAGGCAAGCACAGAACAGCAAACGCCUUCUUGUUGUCAACCCCGAUUGGCUUUGGAGCUGUCUGGAAAGAUGGGAAAGGGUAGAAGAACAACUGUUUCCGCUAAAGGAAGAUUAUUUGAAAUCUCAGAGAGCCAUUAGUCCAGCCACCUUUCCAGAUAUUCUUAGCGCUUUUCAAACUCCACUCUUUCACCCAACCCCAAUCCAUCCGAAGACACAACCAGGUCCAGAAGUGCGGCAGUAUGACCCAGUAACUGGCAAACUCAUCAGGAAAGCUUCACAAAGUUCCAGUCAUCCCCCAUAUAUACAGGCACCUUUUUCUUCGCUAAAUGUCCAUGGAGAGCAUUCAUCCUUCAGAGUAGUUCAGCCUCAUGAAGAGCAAAUGUUUGAUGAUGAAGAGUUGCCUACGGAGAGUACCGAGGAGGAGCAGUCUGGCCCUGCCCGGAGAAAGCGCCAGCCGAGCAUGUCUGAAUCUAUGCCUUUGUAUACUCUUUGUAAAGAGGACCUGGAGAGCAUGGACAGAGAGGUUGAUGACAUUUUGGGGGAAGGCAGUGAUGACAGUGAUAGUGAGAAAAAGAAGUCUGUAAAGGUCAAAAAAAUGCCAAAUACAACACAGAAGAGCUCUGAGAAAAUCCCAGAAUCCAGAACCGAAUCGUCUUCAUCUAGUGAACAGAGCCUCUCUGAUGGCACGCCACGAGGCCAGAAGAGAAAACUGGAUGCAGAUGAGGAGGAGGAAGAAGAUGACGCUGAUGAAGAGGAGUCCAGUAAUGAGGAGGGAAGCAGUUCGGAAGCAGAUGAAAUGGCAGCAGCAAUUGAAGCAGAGCUCAAUGACUUCAUAUGACGCAUCUGCCAAUAGGAACUUUGUGUAAUUGCACACAUAACUGAAAUGAUUUGUUGUGUUGCUAUUUCAGUUUUGGUGUAUGUAAUGUUUUUUUUUUUCUUUUGUUUUGUUUUCAGUUUCUUUCUGAAAGACCAUUUCUAUCUUUUUGACAGUAGCAUAUUUGUAUAUUUUGCUGGGGAAUCAACUUGUUUUACACAUUUCGAGGUAGUUAUUUUAAGGGUGUUUUACAUAAGGAACUAUUUCAUUCUCUCCAAGGCAAAGGAAACAAGUAUUAAGACGGAAAUUUGUGCUAUGCCAAAGACGUGAAAUGCUUUUGUCAAAGCUUUACAGGUUUUGAGAGUUUGGGGGUAUUUGUUUUCAUGUUUUUAUUUUAUUUCUUGUUCCCUUUUUUUUGUUUUACUUAUUUUUUUAUGCCUGUAACUCUUACUUUUCUGACCGUGGUCUGAGUAGUAAAGCAAGAGCAGUCCACUGGUGGCAAAAGAUCUAUCACAUGGAAAGAAAACAUUGCUUUCCUUAUAUAACAAAUUAAAUCAUUUUUUUAAAUAUAUACAAUAUAUAUAUAUAUUUGUAUAGAUGUAGAAAAUGUGAUAUGAGAGAAUUGUAAACUUGACUUGUCACUUGCCUCUAACCAAUGUCACUGAACCUCCUGUUUUUACACGUUCCUCUGUGCUUUAGUUUGGAUUUGCUAGAAAAGCAGUGUUUAGAUUUUUAACUUUGGCUCUCGGUUCUGGUGCCCCAGCUCAGUGUGGCUCUGAACCACGACAGAGAUAUUCAUUGGACGUUGUUCAGGCAAAGGACGUCAUUGCUAUAGCUUAACAUGCAAUAGGGUUUUAUUCAAUUGAGAGGACUAAUGUAAAGUUUUUGUAUAUUCUAUUUCAUAUUUGA